CUUGCCUGAGGCGGGGGGCAGGGCCAGGCCUGGGAACAGCCUUGCAGUUCUUCUCCAGCCGACCCGGGCGGUCGGGCGUGGGCCCAGUGCUGCUGCCAUGCCCACCUCGGUGCUGUGGGCAGUGGACCUCUUUGGGAGAGUGUACACUCUGUCUACAGCCGGCCAGUACUGGGAGCUGUGUAAAGAUGCCCAGAUGGAGUUCAAGCGGGUCAGUGCGGCUACUCGUUGCUGCUGGGGCAUUGCCUGUGACAACCAAGUCUACUUGUAUGUAUGCGCCAGUGACGUCCCCAUCCGCUGCCGAGAGGAGGCUUAUGAGAAUCAGCGCUGGAACCCCAUGGGCGGCUUUUGUGAGAAACUCCUGCCGAGCGAUCGCUGGCCGUGGAGUGACGUGAGUGGGCUCCAGCACCGACCACUGGAUGGGGUGGCACUGCCCUCGCCACACUGGGAGUGGGAGUCAGACUGGUACGUGGAUGAGAAUUUUGGAGGGGAGCCCACCGAGAAAGGGGGGUGGACAUAUGCCAUUGACUUCCCUGCCACAUACACUAGAGACAGUAAGUGGAAUUCCUGUGUGCGGCGGAGGAAGUGGAUCCGGUAUAGGAGAUACAAAACCCGGGACUCCUGGGCCAAGAUCCCCUCCAAGGAUGACCCUAAGGAACUCCCUGACCCCUUCAAUGACCUGUCUGUAGGAGGAUGGGAGAUCACAGAGGAGCCUGUGGGCCGACUGUCAGUGUGGGCUGUAUCCCUACAGGGAAAGGUAUGGUACCGAGAAGAUGUCAGUCACCCGAACCCAGAAGGUUCCUCAUGGUCUCUCAUGGAAACUCCUCGGGAAGUGGCCCAGAUCAGCUGUGGGCCCCAUGACCUCGUGUGGGCCACCCUCUGGGAGGGGCAGGCCUUGGUCCGGGAAGGAAUCAACAGGAAUAACCCCAAAGGAAGUUCCUGGUCCAUAGUAGAGCCUCCUGGCUCUGAAAAUGGGAUCAUGCAGGUCUCCGUGGGAAUCAGCGUAGUCUGGGCUGUCACGAAGGACCACAAAGUAUGGUUCCGGAGAGGUGUCAACUCUCACAACCCCUGUGGCACCAGCUGGAUUGAGAUGGUUGGAGAAAUGAUAAUGGUCAACGUGGGGUUGAAUGACCAGGUCUGGGGUAUUGGCAAUGAGGACCGCACUGUGUACUUCCGGCAGGGCGUCACCCCCAGUGAGCUCAGUGGGAAGACAUGGAAGGCCAUUGUCAUGAGUCGAGAGAGUGACCGGUCAUAUUCUGGCAGCUCGUCCAGCCUCCUCAGUGCUGGCUGCUUUUUCGGGGAUGAGGUGAGGGGCAGUGGUACAGAGUCUGCACCCAGUGACACCGAUGCCUCCUCAGAAGUCGAGAGACGGUGCCCUGAGCAGCUUCUCCCCGAAGAGUCUUUGGACAAUUCCCAGAACCCUAAAGGGAGCUCAUCCCCAGACCCUGGGACUGGCAGGACCUCUGAGUGUACCAUGGAGAACACCUGCCUGGCUGAGGGCAAAGGGAAGGCUUCUGAGGCCUCCUGCCUUGAUGAACGUUCUGGCCACACCUCCACACCAGUGGAGCUGCCCUGGACCAAUAUUGACCUCAAGGAACCCAAGAAGGUGCCCAGCAACUCAGCUGCUGGCUUGCCUGGAACCACAGGCCUCUCCUCCCUCGGGUUCUUCCCGCUGGGCAUGGAGGAGCCAUAUGGGGCAGAUGACCACCCACUGUGGGCCUGGGUGUCUGGAGGUGGAUGUGCAGUGGAGGCAGGCUCCAUGCUCAAGUGGUUCACUGUCCAGUCGGGCCUGUCCCCCUCGGUACAGAUGCUGUCCCUGUCCAUCACGCCUGCUCAGACUGCCACCUGGAGAAAGCAGAUCUUCCAGCAGCUCACAGAAAGGACCAAGCGGGAGCUAGAGAACUUCAGGCAUUAUGAACAGGCUGUGGAACAGUCGGUGUGGGUGAAGACUGGGACCCUGCAGUGGUGGUGUGACUGGAAGCCCCACAAGUGGGUGGACGUCCGUGUGGCCCUGGAGCAGUUCACAGGGCAUGAUGGGGCUCGUGACAGCAUCCUUUUCAUCUAUUACGUGGUCCACGAGGAGAAGAAGUACUUGCACGUGUUCCUGAAUGAGGUGACAGUGCUGGUCCCUGUGCUCAACGAAGCCAAGCACUCCUUUGCCCUCUACACCCCCGAGAGGACACGGCAGAGGUGGCCUGUGCGCCUGGCCGCCACCACUGAGCAAGACAUGAAUGACUGGCUUGCCCUACUCAGCCUGUCCUGCUGUGAGAGCCGGAAGGUCCACGGCCGCCCAUCUCCACAGGCCAUCUGGUCUGUUACCUGCAAGGGCGACAUCUUCGUGAGUGAGCCCAGCCCGGACCUGGAGGCCCGUGAGCACUUGUUGCCAUGUGACCAGAUGUUCUGGCGGCAGAUGGGAGGCCACCUGAGGAUCAUAGAGGCCAACAGCCGUGGUGUGGUGUGGGGCAUCGGCUACGACCACACAGCCUGGGUAUACACAGGUGGCUAUGGUGGAGGCUGCUUCCAAGGCCUGUCCAGCAGCACCAGUAACAUUUACCCACAGUCAGAUGUGAAGAGUGUCUACAUCUAUGAGAACCAGCGCUGGAACCCCGUCACAGGCUACACCAGCAGGGGUCUGCCUACUGACCGGUACAUGUGGAGUGAUGCCACGGGGUUGCAGGAAUGCACUAAGGCCAGCACAAAGCCCCCAUCCCUACAGUGGGCCUGGGUUUCUGACUGGUAUGUGGACUUCAGUGUUCCCGGAGGCACCGACCAGGAGGGGUGGCAGUAUGCCAGCGACUUCCCUGCCUCGUACCAUGGGUAUAAAACCAUGAAGGAUUUUGUCAGGAGAAGGUGCUGGGCCAGAAAAUGCAAGCUGGUGACCAGCGGGCCAUGGCUAGAGGUGGCCCCUAUUGCCCUCAGCGAUGUGUCCAUCAUCCCAGAGAGCCUGGACACCGAGGGGCGAGAGCACAGCAUCGCACUCUGGGCUGUCAGCGACAAGGGGGACGUCUUGUGCCGGCUGGGCAUAUCAGAGCUCAACCCUGCAGGCUCCUCCUGGCUUCAUGUUGGCACAGACCAGCCCUUCACCUCUGUCUCCAUUGGGGCCUGCUAUCAGGUGUGGGCUGUGGCCAAGGAUGGCUCUGCAUUCUACCGAGGUUCCGUGUCUCCCUCCCAGCCAGCUGGUGACUGCUGGUAUCACAUCCCGUCUCCUCCCAAACAGAAGCUGAGACAGGUGUCUGUUGGCCAGACGUCGGUGUAUGCUUUGGAUGAAAAUGGAAACCUGUGGUACCGAGCAGGGAUCACACCUAGUUAUCCACAGGGUUCUAGCUGGGAGCACGUGUCCAAUAACGUGCGCAGAGUGUCUGUGGGGCCACUGGACCAGGUCUGGGUGAUUGCCAACAAAGUCCAGGGGAGCCACAGCCUGAGCCGGGGGACAGUAUGUCGUCGCACGGGUGUACAACCCCGGGAGCCUAAGGGGCAGGGCUGGGACUACGGCAUUGGGGGAGGCUGGGACCACAUCUCUGUCCGGGCCAAUGCAACUAUGGCCCUCCGGAACAUGUCCUGGGAGCAGGAGGCCCAUGGUCCGGGUCCUGUGUGCUGCUGAGGCCACUCCUCAUGGGGAGGCAAGGAUGGUUGGAGCCUGAAGGACCAGGGCUAGCCCUUGUGCUGAAGUGCGCAGCACAGGAUGGGGUCACCGAGGCCCAUGCACAGGGAGUCAGACCAGAGUCAUGGCCACUUGGAAAGCACUGACUGAGAUGCCCGAAAAUGUGAAACUGUGCAGUUCCCUCACGGUGUCCCGAGUCUUGAGGGCUGCUGUGGGGUGGGGGGGAACUGGCCACUACAGGCCCUCAGCCCCUGUCCCUUCCUGCUAUACCUCCUACCUUUCCAGACCCCAAACCCAGAGCCCUCCAGGAAUUAAAGCCCUAGGAAGGCAGAGGCAGGGAAGAGACUUUCUCAGGUGAGGGCCCCAAAUCACCCCCAAAAAGAAAUGGCCAUGGAAUUCAGGACUACAGGCCUUGGUCUGUGAUUCCUCCUCAGAACAGGGCUUGUAAAUUUUUUCUUUUUUACAAAGUUAAGCAAAGAGGGAGCUAGAGAGAUGUGCUUAAAAGCACUGGCUGUCUUUGCAGAGGACCUGGGUUCAGUUUCCUGCACCCACAUGAUGGCUAACAACUGUCCUUAAUUCCAGUUCCAGGAGAUCCGAUAUUCUCUUCUGGCCUCUGCAGGCACCAGACAUGCAUGGGUACACUUACAUAUAUGCAGGCGAAACACUCAAACACAUUAAAAAUAAAGAAAUGACAGUUAAGCAAAGAAGCUGAGCUUGAUAGCUUAUGACUAUGAGCCCAGCACUCAGGAGGCUGAGGCAGAAGGAUCAUAGGUUUGAGACCAACCUGGGUUACAUAGCAAGACCCUGUCCCCUAAAAUAAAUAUCCAGAUAGAUAGAUAAAUAGACUGGGCAUAGUGGACAUGGCUGUUGUCUCAGCACUCAGGAGGUAAAGGCAAUAGGAUCAGGAGUUCAAGGUCAUCCUCCACUACAUAGUGAGUUGAGGCCAGCCUGGGCUACAUGAGACCCUGUCUCAAAAAACAACAAAAGCCAAAAUGGGGGAUAGUCUUCCCCUGGUGGAUGGGAAUCUGCUCCUGGGGUGCCCUGGAAGGUGAUGUGCAUGUAGAGAAGUUACUACCAUGAACUCCAAUUCUACCCUUUCAGAUGUGGGGGGCAGAGCCUCCUUGCAGGGUAUUAUGUUGGUGGCUGAGUGGGUGUCCUGCAGGGAAGGUGUGGCCAGGGCCUGGGCUGUCCCAAGUUCCAGGGCAGGGCAGAAGGCACCUUGUGUCCCAGAUGUGAGCUCUGGGCUGCCUAGUAUGGCCAGCCGGGAGGAAGCACUGGCCCCUUGUACACUUUACUGCACAUACACUUUGCUGCACGCUGUGUGUGUCAGUGGGCAAUGUCUCGAGUUUCAGACCAGCCAAGUCCAUCUCUUCCUUUUGAGACAACACAGUUGGACGCACCACUGACUGGUUUUCCUGGUACUCUCCUCCCUAUGCCAAGUUGCCUCGGAGGGGCUCUUUGGGGGAUGCAGGCUACUCCAACCCCAUCCGCCAAGGUACCCUGUGUCCUCAGCAUUUCCAGAAGUGGGACCUUGUGCCCCCAAAGAAGAGGUGUGUCUCCCUACCAUCUGCAUGUCAGCAUCAGGAUUUCCAGUGAGCAUCCCAGUUUGUCCCCCACAACUGUGUCCCUGUGUUCUGCAGCAACUGACAUUAAUGGGUGACUGUCAUCUGAGUACUGUGAGGAUGUCACUCUGCCCGUUGCUCGGGGCGCUCAUCUUCUCACUGCUGAGCACCAACUCUACCCACUCGGUGGCACCUGUCUGGAUUCCUCAGAUGUUUCAAAUAAAAAUUCAUACCACAAUAUAA